AGCAAGAAUAACCCGGAGCUUUACGAGGUUAGAAGAUGCAGUAGGGUCAUGUGGGUGUAUUACGUGUCGCAACACCUCUAUGAUAUGAAAUUGAAAACUGGGGUGCUAUUUUGGACAAAAGUAAAGCCAUCUCAGCUUACCUACUCCUGCAAAAAGCAACAUUGGAAGAAAUGAAUGUUGCUAUCAUCUCAAACCCUAACCCUAGCCCAUCUCUUCUCUUAAAGCAGCAAGCUUCUUCUUCUUCUUCAAUGGUGGCGCUGUGUUAUAGUCCUACAUCUCUAGGGUUUACACUCAAGGGAACUACUACUUUACCAGUUUCUCGGUCCCGACUUUGCUUCGGCUCGGUUCCGUUGGCUCGGCGUAGAUCGAUUCUCCCCUUCGCAGCUUCACAUGAGGAAUCCAAGCCUUCAGAUGUUGAAUCAGAGAAGGACAAUAAUGAUCUUAAGAGGGAGACUGAGGCGUCAGAAGAAGCCUGGAAACAGACCCUAGCUUCCUUCAAAGAACAAGCAAUGAAGGUGCAGGCUGUGUCACAAGAAGCAUAUGAGGUGUAUUCCGAUAAAGCUAUGAUCAUUUUGAAAGACACUUCUGAGAAAUUAAAAAUUCAAGCGGACAAAGCAAGAGAAGAUUUGACUACUAUUGCAAAGGAAAUUAGUGAGGAUAGUAAAGAAUAUUUAACCAAUGCUGCUGAGAACUCCCCUGAACCAGUGAAAGAUAUUGUUGAAACAUUUGCUUCCUCUGCAGAUGAAUUGAAUGACGUGUCGAAAGUGCGAGACUUUUAUGUGGGAAUACCUUAUGGAACUCUUCUUUCUGCUGGUGGCUUUUUGUACUUCAUGCUAAGUGGAAGCAUUGCUGCCCUUAGAUUUGGUGUUAUACUUGGUAGUACUCUUUUGGCCUUGAGCAUCUCAAGUUUAAGAUCAUGGAAAAGUGGAGAGUCAACUUCCCUAUCUUUAAAGGGACAGGCAGCCAUUGCUACCAUCUUAUUUGUCAGAGAAUUUGGCAUGCUGUUGGAGAGACCGUUUAUUUUCAAUUUUAUUACAGCCAUCAUCAGUGGAGGGGUGGCAGCAUUCUAUGCUUAUAGAAUCUUAAGGGAUGGUGAGCAGACGAAGGGUUCAAACUCGACAGCACAGACAGAUAACUAAGCUAAUUCAGGGCAAGAAAGACAUGCUAUAGGAGUUGCGGGUAAUUCAAGUUCAAAUCAAUCACAAUCUGGUAGAUAAUUUGUCCAAUGUAUGAGCUUCUUUGUGCUCAUCUUGCUCUGAACUCGCUGAAGGACCCAACUAGUCCUGAAAUAAAUAAAUCUGCUCAUGCAAAUUGGGUGAUCUGCUGGACAAGGAUAUGAUUUUCCGUUUGCCUAAGUUAACGAGUCUCUAAAUAUUGCAACUAGAGUGUUUGUGCAUUAUUUCCCCGUACUAAAUAGUAGUGAGUUCAGAUCUUGCAGGCUAGAAAUGAGCAAUUCCUUGAACAUCUUAAGACGACUAUUAGGUUAUACUUCAGGAAGAUAUUUCUAUGCUGAGUGAUUGGUUCUUUCAGGGCGUUGGUUGACGUAUUAUGGCAAUGUAUCUUCUUGCUCUUAA